AUGUGGCUCCACAGUCCCAGCUCUCACUGGAGCUGGCAGCAGGCACGAGGAUGUGUGGGAUGGACUAUCCCAUCCCUCCUCCUCUGCUGCUGCUGUGCAUUGCAGCCCCUAUCCCUCCCCGUUCCAGGCCGCCGGGCGUUCAUCGGGGUCGGCUUCGCGGACCGAGGGGAUGCCUUUGACUUCAACGUGGCCCUGCAGGACCAUUUCAAGUGGGUGAGGCAGCAGAGCGAGCUGGCCCGGCAGGACCUGGAUCAGGGACCCAAACUGGAUCUGGGAUUCAAGGAAGGACAAACCAUCAAACUCAACAUCGCUAACAUGAAGAAAAAGGAAGGAGCCACAGGGAACACCAGACCACGUCCUGCAGGGCCCGGGGGCCUGACUUUGCUCCCACCGCCUCCCGGGGGGAAAUCCUGUGGAGAGCGCCCGCCCUCCCUGCCCGGCCCCGCCCGGCUCCCGGGAACGCCCAUCACAGACUCGGUGCUGUCCUGGCCUCAGCCCUCUGCUCCCGCUGCUCCCGCUGCCGACGCCUGGGGAGACUUUGCCAAAGCUUCGGGGUCAACUCCUAACCAGACUCAGGGGAACUGGGUCCAGUUCUGAGCCCACAAGGGUACUGGGAUCCUCGGGAUUCCUUUGGGACCAAAGAAGCAGCUUCAGGACACCUCACUCCUGCCCUUAAAUCCUGCCUGGCAUCAAAAUGCUGGAAUAAGUGCUGGAAAGAACCAACCACGUGCCUUAAAACACUCCACACGCCUGUGCCUGCUGCAUCCAGGGGCUGUUAUUGUCCCCUGGAUCACGGGAGACCUUCUCCCGUGGGAAAAACCAUCCGGUUCAUCCCCUCUCCUCCAUAACAAGGGGGUGCUUGGGGUCUCCUCAGGGACUUUCUCCUUGGGUUUUUGGGCUGGAUAAAUCCUUCCCUGGGCAAGGAGCAUCCUCCUGGAGACAUCCCACCUCCCAGCUCCGCACAACGCCUGCCAAGAUGCCGAAUAUCACCUUGGUUUUCUUCCUGAGCACUUACCUGGGAUGUUGGGAAGCUCCAGCCGUGGUGUUUCCAUGCUGAAAUUCCUCAUUUCUUACUCUGGGAAGUUUGCUUUAUUCCUGCUCUCCUUUGAAGACAGGAUUUUUUACUUCUUUCCAUGGACUUUUCGUUAGGGACAGAACGGUCUCUUGGACAGAGCUGGGGUUGAGACUCCUCCCUAAACAAAGAAAUAUUUUCUUACCUAUUUAUAUGAAGCCUUUUCCACGUACGAAAUCCCACUUGUUUUUUUAUUCAGUGCCUUGGAUUUUCCUUUUCCAACUGGCUGACGGGCAUUUUGCUUUCGGAGCUUUUCCCUGGGCCUGGCAGCAAAGCCAGGUGAGACUGGGACGCCUCAGAGUGAACAAUAAAACGCUUUGGAUGCCACA